CGCUCCACGCCCCGCCCCGGGCGCCUACCCCGCGGCCCCAGGACCUCGGCUUCCCGGCUCCCCGCCGCCCCGCUGUGAACGCCCGGUACUUCCGCGCCGCCCAUGGCCCGGAAGGUGCUGUCGCUGCUGCCGCCGCUGCUGCUGGCUGCGACCGGCCUCCUCGGCCUCCUGCUGCUGUGCGUCCCCACCCGCGACGUCCGGGAGCCGCCCGCCCUCAAGUAUGGCGUCGUCCUGGAUGCUGGCUCUUCCCACACAUCCAUGUUCAUCUACAAGUGGCCGGCGGACAAGGAGAAUGACACGGGCAUCGUGGGUCAGCACAGCUCCUGUGAUGUACACGGCGGGGGCAUCUCUAGCUAUGCGGACAACCCUCCUGGGGCUGGCCAGAGUCUUGUUGAAUGCCUGGACCGGGCGCUUCAGGAUGUGCCCAAGGAGAGACACUCAGGCACACCCCUCUACCUGGGAGCCACGGCUGGUAUGCGCCUACUGAACCUGACUAGUCCAGAGGCUUCAGCCAACGUGCUCGCGGCCGUGACGCAGACGCUGACCCAGUACCCCUUUGACUUCCGUGGUGCCCGCAUCCUCUCGGGCCAGGACGAGGGGGUGUUUGGCUGGGUGACUGCCAACUACCUGCUGGAGAACUUCAUCAAGUAUGGCUGGGUGGGCCGGUGGUUCCGGCCAAGGAAGGGGACGCUGGGGGCCAUGGACCUGGGAGGAGCCUCCACACAGAUCACCUUCGAGACAGCCAGCCCCAUUGAGGAUCCAACCAGCGAGGUCCAGCUGCGGCUCUACGGCCAGCUCUACCGCGUCUACACCCACAGCUUCCUCUGCUAUGGCCGCGACCAGGUGCUCCAGAGGCUGCUGGCCAGUGCGCUCCAGGCCCAUGGCUUCCACCCCUGCUGGCCGAGGGGCUAUUCCACUCACGUGCUGCUCCGGGACGUGUACGAGUCACCAUGCACUGCGGCCCAGCGGCCCCAGACCUUCAACAGCAGCGCCAGGAUCAGCCUGUCAGGGAGAAGCGACCCUGCCCUGUGCCGUGGCCUCAUCUCCCAGCUCUUUAACUUCUCCUCCUGCCGCUUCUCUAGAUGCUCCUUCAACGGCAUCUUCCAGCCCCCUGUGGCUGGGAACUUUAUCGCCUUCUCCGCUUUCUUCUACACAGUGGAUUUCCUGAGGACUGUGAUGGGGCUGCCGGUGGCAACCCUGCAGCAGCUCGAGGCAGCUGUGGUCACCGUCUGCAACCAGACAUGGAGUGAGCUGCUGGCUCGAGCGCCCGGGGAGAGGGCCCGCCUGCCGGACUACUGUGCCGGAGCCAUGUUUGUGCAGCAGCUGCUGAGCCGAGGCUAUCGCUUCGACGAGCGCACCUUCGGAGGCGUGACCUUCCAGAAGAAGGCCGGGGACACUGCGGUCGGUUGGGCGCUUGGCUACAUGCUGAACCUGACUAACCUGAUCCCCGCCGACCCGCCCGGGCUGCGCAAGGGGACAGACUUCAGCUCCUGGGUCGUCCUCCUCCUGCUUUUCGCUGCCAUGCUCCUGGCCGCGUUCGUCCUUCUGCUGCGCCAGGCGCGCUCUGCUAAGUCGCCAAGUGUCAUCUAAGGGCAGGCUGGGGGCAACUGCCCCAGCCCCCAACGCCCCCCAUCCCCAGAUCACCCCGUCCCUCACCCCACCCCACCUGCAACAUCUCUGUGCCUAAUGCAGCCUGGGAGCACGACUUUAGAGCCCACGCCCACAGGGGGUUAGGAUGGGUGACUACUGUCACCUCCUGCCCACUCCAGCCUUGGCUUCCCCUCAAGGCCUCGUGCUCCUACUCCUCUUUCUGGGGGUGAGGGAUUCAGACAUCCCUCAGCCCUCAACCUGUGACUACAGGGUUGGGUGUUAGGGGAGUGGAGACUUUAUUCUGAUAAUCAGGGUCCUCAGGGUGCCCCCCACCUCCAGUCUUUGGUAUUAGGGGGAGUCAGAGCCCCCAGGCUGGGAAUCAGCCCAGUGCCUAUUUGUAAAACUUUUGUAAUAAA